GCUUCCCUUGCACUAGUUUUUUUCUCAUUUCCUGCAGACAAGGCAAAAACCGAAACCCUAACGACGUCUGAAUCUCCUCCAGCAUGGUGUGCAUAAGGAAGGCGACCAUAGACGACUUGUUGGCGAUGCAAGCAUGCAACUUGCUAUGCUUGCCCGAAAAUUACCAGAUGAAAUAUUACUUUUACCACAUCCUCUCUUGGCCGCAUCUCCUCUAUGUCGCUGAAGAUUACAACGGCCGAAUUGUCGGUUACGUUUUGGCCAAAAUGGAAGAAGAAUCGAACGAGUGUCAUGGUCAUAUCACUUCUCUCGCUGUCCUUCGUACUCACCGUAAGCUUGGCCUCGCUACCAAGCUCAUGAACGCCGCCCAAACCGCCAUGGAACAGGUAUUUGGAGCAGAGUAUGUGUCUCUGCAUGUGAGGAAGAGUAAUCGCGCAGCUUUCAAUCUGUAUACAGAAACAUUAGGCUAUAAGAUCCAUGAUGUGGAAGCAAAGUAUUAUGCAGAUGGGGAGGAUGCAUAUGAUAUGAGGAAGCAGCUGAAGGGAAAGCAGAGUCAUCAUCAUGGUCACCACCACCACCACCAUGGUGGUGGGUGUUGUUCAGGUGGUGUCAGGCCCAUGGAAGCUCGACCAGAAUUGAAAUCAGAGGCAAAAGCUGGCACCAAGGCAGAAUCAAAAACGGGUUGACGGUGAAUGGUCACUGACUAGUUGGAGAAGUGAGUGUUAUACUUUUUAGUUAUGUUAGAAUACUGUUUGUCUGUAUCGAGUAUUAUAGAUUGUUUGUUUAGCUGUGAUAAUAAUGCACUAGAAGACUGGGAGUUGCAUUGCUAUUUCUACUUACUGCUUCUUCGAUAUAUGCCGAGUAAUGGUAUUUGCACCUUCUUCUCUA